GAAAACCCAACCCAAAUUGUAAAUAAUAGAUUGAUGAAAUGAUAACCCAAUAAUCACUUAUUAAUAUAUAUAUAAAAAAUACCCAUCAAAACCUAUAGAUUAUUCACAAUUAACUUGGAGAAGGCACAUUUCAAAUCUGCGUAUACAUUUGGAGAAUACAUCCUCAGUGUUUCCAUAGCACACAGUCCAGAUAACUGCGGCAAUCUCAAGCUAGAGUAUCAUGUCUUUUUACACUUCUUCUACACACACAAAGUUCAGCCAGCAGAAUGGCCGUUGAUCACGAAUUGAUGGCUAUGGAUGGCCGAAAAACUCAGCACACGGCAAAAGUGGUGCCGGGUUUGCCAGAUGAUAGCAAUCCCAAGAAUGAGAACGAACUUGCUAGAGCUGGAAAGAAAUAAGUCUUCCAGGUAAGGAAGGGCUUUCGAAGCCUGAAACACUAAAUAUAAUGACUGAGCAUCGGUAGCGCAACAUCGGUUGAUCAGUAUGAUUAGUUUCUCUUGCGGACUAAUGGCAACAUGGGAAGGAGAACUUGCGUGAGUCUCUGCCACAGGAAUCACUGCAGCACAACAGCUGACAACUUCCUAGCUUUGCUGCACUAGGGACCGCGAAGUAAGCAUUUACCCGUGUUAAUAAUGCUUAAUUGAUUAAAUGAGAACAUUGGUGGCCCAGCAGGGUUGAUAUAUGGAAUUCUUUUUGUAUGGCUGGGAACUUUGUCCGUGUUUACUGUGCUUGGUGAGCUAUCUUCCAUGAUCACUACAGCCGGCGGCCAGUACCAUUGGGUCAGUGUACUAGCACCGCCAUCGGCAAAGAACUUCCUUAGUUACAUUACAGGGAUGUCUUUUGGGCCGGAUGGAAGAAUCCCAGGCUGAACAGUAAUAGGGUGGCUCGCCGUCAUCGGAUGGAUUGCCGCCGUUACUGCAUCCGCCUUUGGAAGUGGUAUGAUAUUGACAUUGGCCGCCCUGAACAACCCCGAAUAUGGACUUCUGGGAUGUCAUUUUACCUUCGUCUCCUGGGCAAUUCUUUUGAUUUGCUUCACCAUGAACACAAUUUUGAACCAAAUGCUUCCUCUGCUGGAAACACUCAUUCUCAUUCUUCAUAUACUUGCGUUCUUUGCCAUCGCAAUACCACUCAUCUGCCUAUCUCCUCGUGGUUCCGUAAACUAAUCUUCGCAACUUUUGUCAAUGAAGGAGGAUGGAGCACACAAGCCCUUUCUGUCUUUGUUGGGAUGAAUGGUAAUACUUUAGCAUUUGUGGGUAUGUAAAAUUAUGUCUCUCUUAUUUUACUCCUUCAUAUUGUGCUGACAGUUUAAUCCCAGGAACGGAUGGUCCAGUGCAUGUAUGGCGGCCAACUUACUUUUGCAUACGCAUUAACUAAUCGGAAUUACAUAUGUCUGAAGAAGUCAAGAAAGCUUCAUUAAAUAUACCCCGAGCGAUAUUUUUCAGCCUAGUGAUUAAUGGCUCGCUAGCAUUGGCAUGAUGAUAAUUGUGCUGGCUAGUGCAGAAGAUCCGGCAAUUUGCGCGG